CUAUAGGGUUCAGUUCGAGCUGGAAAUAGAAAAUAGAAUAUCCAACUUUGUGACAAAACCCAAUGUGUUGUUGAUACAGGUGAUCUUGGAGCAGGCCAACACCAGACGGGCUACAGUUGAAAGUGAAACGUGAAAGAAACCCGAUCUGAAACAAUUUGUGGAAUACCAAAAUGUCAAGCACAAGUCUUCUAACGCGAUCCCUGCUAACUGAAGCGCCCCGAUCGAAGAAUCGCUCGAUCUUCACCCUUAUCUUGGGCGUUGUGGUGGGUUAUUGUCUGGCCCAGUUGUUUGCAAGUAUUGUGCCUCACGAAAGCUUAUACCCAUAUCUGAGCAGAAGACUGCGUAUCCACAGCGAUCCCCACGUCGACCGAAAGCCGGCCAAGGCCGAGCAAGUUGAUCGCGAUGUAUUUCAGCAUCACUCCAAUGAGCACCGCGACGACAACUCCACCGUGGCCGAGCAGCUGAAGAAGGAGGUUCGCAUCCUCUGCUGGGUGAUGACAAACCCCACGAACCACAAGAAGAAGGCGCGUCAUGUGAAGCGGACUUGGGGCAAGCGGUGCAACAUUCUGCUCUUUAUGAGCUCCGGCCAAGACGAUGAGCUGCCCACUGUCAAACUGAAUGUGGGAGAGGGUCGAGAGAAUCUGUGGGCCAAGGUCAAGCAGGCUUUCACAUAUGUUUACCAGCACCACUACAACGAUGCCGACUGGUUCUACAAGGCCGACGACGACAGCUAUGCGGUGAUCGAGAACCUGCGCUACAUGCUGUAUCCCUACAGCCCCCAGACGCCCGUACACUUUGGCUUCAAGUUCAAGCCGUUCGUCAAACAGGGCUACAUGUCCGGCGGAGCUGGCUACGUUCUCAGCCGAGAGGCCCUGCGCCGGUUCGUCGUCGAGGGCAUACCGAAUCCGAAAAUGUGCCUGCCGGGCACUGUGGUAAAUGAGGAUAUCGAGAUCGGUCGCUGCAUGCAGAACUUGAAUGUUACGGCGGGCGAUUCCAGGGAUGCAAUGGGUCGCGGUCGUAUGUUUCCAUUUGUGCCCGAACAGCAUCUCAUACCCGCCAAGUUGGAUAAGAACUUUUGGUACUGGAACUAUAUUUAUUACAAGACGGAUGAUGGUCUCGAUUGCUGCUCAGAUCUGGCCAUAUCCUUUCACUAUGUUCCGCCAAAUCUGAUGUAUGUGCUGGACUAUCUGAUCUAUCACUUGAAGCCAUAUGGUCUGCAGAGGUCACUGGAACGCCUGCCCGCCAAACUGCCAGUGGGUGAAUUUCUUCCGGCCCCGAUUGAGCAACCAGCGGCCAGCAAUGAGGAUUCUGUGGAUGAUUACGAUAGGCUAGUAACCACAACCACUGAGGCGCCCAAGGAGCCCGAUGCUAGGGAAAUGGACUCGAGAGAGGUGGAAAAGGAAGAGGCCAAAUAUAGGAAACGGAUCUCGAAGGAAGCUGCUUCCAGGGAUACCAGAGAAAUCGACGGCGAUUCGGACUCAAGUGAUGACGAGGAGGCCAAUGACGAAGAGGUCAAAAGGUCGAAGAAGUAAAGUAAAGGAAAAAAAGUUUAGAUUUUAUAUGUUCAGCAUUUGAUCCAUUUAAAUGUAAAAGUAGAAGUAGAAUUUAUCAUGAGGCAAUAAUUAGGUUGUAGGCCUGUAUAAGUAGACCACUUGCUCACAUUUGAAAUUUUCAAUAUGCAGUAAGCACACAUAUUAUUCGGACACCCUUGUCACUAUACCCUGGUUUAAAAACCUAUAACUUGGCGUACGGUUAAGUUAAACAGAAAAAGAUCAAAGGUCAACAUUUCUACAAUCCGGUCACAAAAAAUAUUUAAAUUUUCUACUAUGGUAUACUUAUAAAAAUUUAGUAAAGAAAAAAAAUCACUUUUUUACGCACAUAAAUAUUCGGACAAUCGUAAGGUUCUUCAAGUAAUAUUUGAAUAUUACACCUACAAAAAUAAAAUAGAAUUUUUUUGCCGCAUUCAUUCUUUAUGAUUGUCUAAAAGUUCUCGGCACAAAUUUUCCCCAAAAGUGUUGGUACUUUUCCCCAAAAGUGUUAGUGCCCUAUGGAUUCAUAUUG